CUCAGCUGUUUGACGUCACUUGUGUUCCUGCAACAGGAAUUACCUGCCUUCCCCGGAGUAAAGUGAAGGGUUAAGACCGGGAGAGGACCGGCGGGGGCUCAGACAUGGGAGGCGGAGACCUGAAUCUGAAGAAGAGCUGGCAUCCACAGACCCUGCGCAAUGUGGAAAAAGUGUGGAAAGCCGAGCAAAGGCAUGAGGCGGAACAGAAGAAAAUCGAGGAGCUUCAGCGGGAGCUGCGGGAGGAGCGGGCGCGGGAGGAAAUGCAGCGAUACGCAGAGGAUACGGGAGCUGUGAAAAAAAAAGAUGAUAAGUUGGAUUGGAUGUACCAAGGGCCUGGUGGGAUGUUGAACAGGGAUGAAUACCUUCUUGGACGGCCAGUGGAUAAGUUCAUCCUUGAUAAAAUGCAAGAUCCGGAAUCUGGUCCUUCUACCGAGACUGGACUUCUCCCAGGGUCAAUAUUCAGUUCUUCUGGAGCCGCAUCAUCCUUGGAUAUUGCUAAUAAGAUCCGUGAAGAUCCGCUCUUCAUGAUUAGGAAACGAGAGGAUGAGAAAAGAAGAGAAGUUCUGAAGAACCCUGUAAAAAUGAAGAAGAUCAGAGAACUGCUCCAAAGUAGCCUGGAUAAAAAGAGCAAGAAGAAGAAGAAGGAAAAAAAGAAGAGGAAGAAGGAGCGACGGUCAAGUUCAAGCAGCAGCAGUGAAGAGAGUGACAGCGAUCAGGACGACAGAAGCAGGGCUCCCAAACACCGACAACAUUCCCCGUCACCUCCACUUCAUCAGAGGGCAUCAGGCUAUGGACUACAGAUCCGUGAUUCCAGUAAAAGUAAUAAAAGGGACGUACCAGCAGAACAGGACAGACACAGAGGUCGCUCAAGAAGUCCUCAUCACGACAGAGUGCAGGAAAAAUCUAGGACCGAUCGGAAAUAUAGGCGGAGUCCUUCCCCAAAGAAAGAAGAAAAGUAUAGAAGACAGAGAGUAUCUGGCUAUACAAAGAAGCUCUCCGCUGAAGAGCUAGAGAAACGCCGGUUGGAGAUGAUGGAAGACGCUCGGCAAAGGGAGAGAGAGCGUGAAAGUAAUGUACGCAGGUACAAACAAGAGGAGGAGAAUGAGGAAAAGAAGGUCCAUCACAAAAAAGACAGCAAGUUCAUACAUCAGAUGAAGCUGGAGAGCGCAGCCUCCUCCUCGCUGGAGGACAGGGUGAAGCGCAAUAUUCAUGGAAUCCAGCGGACCACCGCUUCUCUUGAGAAGAAUUUCAUGAAAAGAUGAAAACUUUGACAGUCUGCCACCUCUGCUAUAAUUAGUAUUUUUUUAUUUAACAAUCUUCCUUCAGUUUUUUUAUAUGUACAGUGUUCUAUUUUACCAUUGACUAUCGCAAUGUCCUCAUCAUUGUUUUACUGUAUUUGUAUGAAAUGUUUGAGUAUAUUAUAAAUGUCUUCUAUAUUAAACUGUCCUUUUCCAUCACUUGUGACCCAUUCAACAAUUACU